AUGAGGAAAGGAUCCACCGCAUACUAUAACACGUUGACGUUGCUUUUGAUCGUUGCGAGGAGACUGUGCGACGCACUGGCCACCCAAUUUUAUGCUGGCUUCGAAGUCGAUUCCCUUCCCGGCCCUUCAAAGCUCCUUUCCAGCUCGUCGGACAGGACGAAACUCGCCGCAAAGAUCGAAGUGGAUAGAGGUGAAGAAGAUAGGGAGGAAGGUGAAGAAGAUGAAGAGGAAGAGAAUGACGAAGGCGACGAGGAUAACGAUUAUAUCCUCGACGACCGCGCCGAAGAUGCUAGCUUGCCUAUACCUCUGGUUAACAAUCACAAUACCGGAAGCGACAUUCUGAGCGAAUUGCCUUCCUCCAGCGGCCCCGUUUACAUCAGCGGUAUUCUCGCCUUCACAACCGAUGGAGCCGGGUUUCAGACUCCUCGUCUUUAUACGCCCACAAUAUCUGCAUUAAUUCAUCUUCAGCUCCUUCUGUUUCUCGAAGAUAUUCUUCCGUGUCGCCAAUAUCCACACCUGAAAAUCCCUGUUCGACUGGGCCGAGAUUACUUGGAAAUUCUCAACUCAGUUCGAUGCCGGUACAUGUGUGCCGGCUCCUUGACACCCCUAGGCGAGAUGAUUAGCCUCCUUGACUACGGCAGAAGUAUGCUCCGUUUAGAACUGCCGGCAUUCUUUGUGCGAUGGAGCGAUGAUCGCCAGACCAUCUUCUUCGAUGAUCACAGCCUCCGCAUGGAUCAAUUUCGAUGUUUUGCCCGGUCGCUCUCUGAUUCCGCCGCAGAUUUAUACGAUCAGCUGAUGCGCCAAUGGCGACCCGAAGUAUCAUUAGAGGGUAUCAAGGAUAGCUUCAGCAAUAACACUCCAGAAUACUCGUUCGUCUAUGAUCCAGCCAACCGAUUAAACGAUGUAUAUCUUCAGCUUUACACCAGUGUUUGCGGUAUGGGCCCAAACGCGCUGAUUCAAUACGGUGAAUGGGAUCUUCCGGCUGUUAUUGAGUAUCUUCAACUACACGAUCGAGCGCUCCGCGCCUUAGGGCAACAAGCUAUGGCCACCAACGACGGGGGAGUGCCUCGUCUCGGUGAGAUGUUUACCAUCCUAUUACGAAAUGGUCCGAUGAGCCCGCGUGGCGUUUACGUCUAUGACGGGACGAUGAUGACUUUCGUGCGAUAUACCAAAGCCCAACGCAACACUAAUCGCGAAUUUUGUGUAGCGCGGUUUUCGUCACCUUCACUUCGUUGUGUAUACGUUCGGCCGUUGAUCAACAUGCUUUUAACGUACCUACCACCAACGAUCUCCUAUUUUCCACCAAUCCGGUGGUUGCUCGACAAGCCUCUUAUCGCCAUUGGACGACUAAUGAUCUUACUUCCGCUUUCCGCCAGAGUAGCAAUUGCAUUCUUGGGUAUCCAAUGGGCUCUCGGUUACUUCGUCAAGUGA